AUGAGCGAAAAAAUAACCACACAAACGCACUGCCAGCCACUUAGAAAAAAGGGACUGAAUACAGAAUUGGUGAGAGUGCGUAAAACUAUUGCCAAGCGUAACCAAAGGGCUACUUUUUCAGCCGCUAGGCAGCAACACGAACGAGAGCGAAAUACACAACAGAGACGCUUAGCCAGAAGAAAUUAUUGCUCUCCACCAUCGAGUCACCAUUGCGAAGCUUUGCAAUUUACAAAUGAUUUUCCUCAGGUUGCCAAUAUUGGAAGAAUGGAAAUUGAAUGUCGCCACUGUGGAGCACUUCAUUUUCCAAGGGAACGAACUGCUGGUGACUUAGACCAAUUUACCUCCUGUUGUCAUAAGGGUACUGUUGCACUACCAUCUCUUCUGCCAUUUCCAGAUGAGCUGAGAUUACUUUUUCUUCGGGAGCAUCCAAUAUCUUCAGCAUUUUAUAACUAUAUUCGUAAGUAUAAUAGUGCUAUGGCAUUUGCUUCUGUUGUAUCAAACAUUCAGUUACCUUCUGGCCGUGGACUAUAUGCAUACAAGAUAUUGAGACAGAUGUAUCAUUUUUUGGGAUCAGCACAACCAAAUGAAGGUGAUAUUCCAUCUUUUGGGCAGCUCUAUUUCUUAGAUACAACUGAUGCCCAAGAAUAUAGAAAUAGUAAUCCAGCAAAUGCAAAGCUUGAUCCUGCAUUACUUUUGUUAUUAAAUUCAGUAUUACAGCAAAAACAUGAUGUAGCAAUACAACAAGGUCAUCAGCCAAUGGAGGUACAAAUGGUUUUUGAUAAUGACCGCCAUCUUGAUCAGCGUUUUUACAAUGCACCACAG